AUGGCCCGCCACGCCCUGUCCGCGUUCUCGCGGUGGGCGCUCGAGGACGCCUACACCGACCUCCUCGACUUCUGCGACAGCCUGCAGCGGCGCGUUUCGAAGCUGGUGGACGACGUGCGCAUCCUGCGGCAGAAGUACGCGUCCGCCAAGGCCGAGAACAUGGACCUGAUCUGGAUCCGGCUCGUGGGGCCGGGCCGGCUGCUCGGCGGGCUGCCCGCGAUGGACGACGCCGUCGUGGAGGGCGAUGCGAUCAUGGGCGACUACCGCUUGGGCGCGACGCUCGGCGUCGGCUCGUCGGCCGUCGUCCGGGAGGGCGUCGACGAGCGAUCGGGCGAGCGGCUCGCGAUCAAGAUCGUCGACAAGAGCCGCGCGGCGCGCUACAAGAUCGUGCGGCGCCUCAACAACGAGGUCGUGCACAUGCGCGCCGUCGAGCACCCGAACGUCGCGCGGCUCGUCGACGUCGUGCACGCGCGCGCGGGGCUCUACCUCGUCCUCGAGCACGGCGGCCGGGACCUCUACGGCUACGUCGGCGCCACCUUCCCCAACAUGGUCGUCCCCGAGCCCGUGGCGCGCCACGUCGUCAGCCAGCUCGUCGCGGGCUGCUGCGCGCUGUCCGCGCGAGGCGUCGUGCACCACGACGUCAAGUCCGAGAACGUGCUCGUCGCGCCGGGCGUCGAGGACGGCCAGGUCGCCGCCGUGCGCCUGACGGACCUCGGCAUGUCGGAGACCUACGAGCCAGGGCAGCGCGGGACGGCGUUCUGCGGGAGCCCGGGCUUCUUCCCGCCGGAGAUGGUCGCGGCCGCCGAUUACGACCCGUUCAAGGUCGACGCCUGGUCCAUCGGCUGCGUCGCGCUGGAGCUGCUCCUGGGGCGCCAGUGGUUCUCGGACCGCUGGCUGCCCGCGUCCAAGCUCACGGGCGACCCCGCGGAGUUCGCGGUGGCGCUGUCGUCGGCGCUGGCGGACCUCGCGGCGGCGCUCCGGGCGUCGCCGCUGCCCGCGGAGGCGAAGAGCUUUCUGGAGAGCGCGCUCACGGAGGACCCGGACGACCGGCCCGCCAUCGAGGAGCUCGCGGGCCACCCCUGGGUCUCGCGCCACCCGCACCUGCGGCGGCUCUCGCGCGCGGGCUCGACCGGCGACCUCGCGGCGGCCGCGGCGGCGGUCCAGGCCGAGGAGGCCAAGGUCCAGGUCGAGGCGGUUGCGCCGCCCCCCGACGUGCCGCCGCCGGCGGAGCCCGCGCCGUCCGUGACGCCGUCGCCGCCGACGUCCGCGCGGACGCGGCCCGCGCGCGAGAGCCGCGUCGCGCGCGCGACGGGCGACGGCGCGCGUGUCAUCCCCGACGCGGAGGUGCCUCCCGAGAUGGAGGCGCUCCUCCGGUCGUUCCAGACCGCGGCCGCCGCGCGCGGUCCGCUCCGGCGGCCCGCGGCGGACGUCGCGGCGCUCUUCGCGGCCGCGACGCGCCUCUUCGAGGCCGCGGCCGUCGCCGCGGCCACGCCGCCAUGCGACGGCGACGACGAGCUCGAGUCCCUCGACGCCGUCGCGCGCGGCGCGUUCCGCGCCGCGGACGCGUUCGUCGAAGGCCGCCGCCCGGACCUCGCCGCGUCCCUCGCGACGAUUACGGACGCCGCGGCGCCAAACGCGGCGCCGGAGGGCGACGUGCCCGUCGACGUCACGGUGCCGCCGGAGAUGGAGGCGCUCCUCCGGUCGCUCCAGACCGCGGCCGCCGCGCGCGGUCCGCUCCGGCGGCCCGCGGCGGACGUCGCGGCGCUCUUCGCGGCCGCGACGCGCCUCUUCGAGGCCGCGGCCGUCGCCGCGGCCACGCCGCCGGGCGACGGCGACGACGAGCUCGAGUCCCUCGACGCCGUCGCGCGCGGCGCGUUCCGCGCCGCGGACGCGUUCGUCGAAGGCCGCCGCCCGGACCUCGCCGCGUCCCUCGCGACGAUUACGGACGCCGCGGCGCCGAACGCGGCGCCGGAGGGCGACGUGCCCGUCGACGUCACGCCCACGGACAUCCCCUCGCACAUCCCGGGCCACGUCACCUGGGGUUUCUGGCACAAGCGCCACGGCUGGUUCCACUCCUACUUCUCUCGGGUGAUCUGCAACCAGCACUCGAUCUUCUUCGACGCGGGGACGGAGUACGGCAUCGGCGACAUGGUCGGCAUCCUCGCGAGCGUCGUCUUCAACGACGGCCUCCCUUCGAACAACAACCUGCGCUACUACGGCUCCUUUGCCCCCCUCGUCUUGCUCAUCGCCAUCGGCUCCUCCGGCACCUACGUCGCGACGAAGAAGAAGAACGACUAG